AUGGACGUCAAAAACAGUAUCGAGGUUACCAAAGGUGCCUCUAUGGUUGAGCCUGUUUCAGUUUCAGCCAGUGAAGAGAACUCGAUAUCUGACUCUCAAAAUCUCUUGGGACCAUUCCCAACUGAAGAGGAGUUCGCUACCCUUCCUCGAGUUCCAGGCCGAAUUCCAUGGACGGCAUGGACUGUAGCCUUUGUCGAGUUUGCUGAGCGGUUUUCCUACUAUGGAACGACCGCAGUCUUUGUUAAUUUCAUCCAGAAAGAUUUGCCACGUAAUUCUCCCUAAUCCCCUACAUUAAUUCAUUCUAAUGUAUGUGUACUAGCUGGAUCGAAGACUGGUGCAGGUUUUCUCCGUUCCCCCGGAUCUGGUGCUCUUGGUCUUGGUCAACGUGCCUCGACUGGUUUGGUGACCUGUAGGUUGAGGGUUCUCCCAAAAAUCGAGAAGUUGACUAACAGUUUCAGUUAACUCUUUCUGGUCCUACUUCACACCACUCUUCGGUGCUUACCUUGCUGAUCAAUAUUGGGGACGAUAUCUCACUAUCCAAUAUGCAAACUUAUUCUCGAUUAUCGGCCACAUCAUCCUCAUCAUUGCUGCAAUCCCACCUGUUAUUGUCCGGCCAAAUGCAGCUAUCGGUGUCUUCUCCGUGGGACUCAUCAUCAUGGGCAUCGGUACUGGUGGUUUCAAAUCCAACAUUUCGCCCUUGAUCGCCGAACAGUACAAGGAUGAGAAACCAUAUGUUCGCGUCAACAAGAAAGGUCUCAAAGAGAUUGUUGACCCAGCUGUGACUACCGCACGUAUUUACAUCUACUUUUACUUCCUGAUCAACCUUGGAUCCCUUUGCGGUUCUUUGGCCAUGGUCUACUCGGAACAUUAUGUCGGAUUCUGGCUUUCUUUCUUACUACCAACAAUUGUUUACCUCAUUUGCCCCCUCGUUCUUUGGUAUUUCAAGAAAUCCUACGUCUUGUCACCUCCAACUGGAAGUGUCAUGGCCAAGGCAGGGAAAUUGGUCCGUCUUGCCUUUAAGGGAAGAUGGUCAUGGAAUCUAAACACUACGUAAGUUCACCCCACUUUACCCCUCCCCAUAUUCGAAGAUUUCAUGAGUACAGCAACUGACUCCAUAUAGUAAGGGAAACCUCAGAGAUCCAAAUUUCUGGGACAGAGUCAAGCCUAGUGAAAUCCGCGCUCGGGGUGAAGUCGUACCUGCCUGGAUGACCUUUGACGACGAGUGGGUUGAUGAAGUCCGUCGUGGAGUCCUCGCUUGCAAAGUCUUCCUCUGGUAUGCUUAUAAAUGGUUUCUCAACUUGUCUUUGAACGAAAUUAAUUUUUAAUCAUAGGUAUCCCGUAUAUUGGCUCGCCUAUAACCAGAUGACCGGUAACCUCGUAUCCCAAGCCUCCACCAUGCAGCUAGGAAAUGUACCCAACGAUAUCGUUUCCAAGUUGAACCCAAUUUUCAUCAUCAUCGUCAUCCCCAUCAUGGACUUCGGAAUCUACCCUGCACUUAGAAAGAUGGGAGUCAACCUUUCCCCAAUCAAGAAGAUCACCUCUGGUUUCAUUUUGAGUUCUGCAGCCAUGAUUUCAGCAUGCGUAACACAGUACUACAUCUACAAGCUCUCACCAUGUGGUGACAAUAUCAACGCCUUGGCGAAAACCAGGAAAGAUUGCGCCGCUCCAUUCACCGUCUGGAUCCAAGUCGUCCCUUACGGUCUCAUCGGAAUGUCCGAAGUCAUGGCCUCCAUCACCAAACUCGAGUACGCCUACACCAAAGCACCAAAGAACAUGCGUUCCACCAUUCAAGCCAUCGCUCUCUUCACAUCCGCCAUCUCCAGUGCUCUUGGUCAAGCCCUCACUGCUCUCUCUGAGGAUCCUCUCUUGGUUUGGAAUUAUGGAUCCGUUGCUGUAUUGGCAUUCCUUGGUGGUAUUGGAUUCUACAUGACUUUCAGAAAGGCGGAUAGAGAGGAAGAUAAACUUAACAACUUGAAGGAGAGUAAGUUUAUCGGUAGAACAUUGAGUGAUGAGGAGAAUGUCGCGGUCUCUGGUCAAGAGGUGAAGAGUGAGAAACCGGCGCUCGGUUAG